CCGAGCGUGGCAAUUAAAACUAGCUAGCGGUAGCGGCCAGACCCAAUACUUAUCCGGGAGCGUGGCGUGCCGUGGCCGGCGUCCGGCGAGGAGAGGGGGAUCACGGGGAGAUAGCUCUUGUUUGCUGAGGCGGGCUUGGUGUGAGCGUGUGACGGUCGGCCGGUCGAUGGAGAUGCCGAGGUCGCCUGGAGCGGGCGCGUUCCGGUUUCUUGGCCUGCUCAAGCAGCCGGAGGCGGGCCACGACGGCGCUUGCUUCGAGCUGGACGAGAGCGACGUCAUGUGGCCGGCCGGCGGCGGGGACGUGGACGGGUGGGAGGCCGCGCCGGUGGCCGAGGCCGCAGUGGCCCCGCGGCGCGCUAGCGCGCGGCGCCGCUCGGCGCACGCCGUGCCACAGAGUUUCGGGCUGUCGUCGCUCCUCGCCGAGGGCGACGGCGGCAGCGUCGAGGGGCAGCAGCUGCCCGCGGGGAUGGCCCUGGCCGUGCCUUCGAGGCCGGGUCACGGCGCCGCGACACCGACACCGAGGCAGUCGGCGCCGGUGAGGGUGCCGGUGUGGCCGGGGCAGGCGGCCAGGCCCAGGGACAAGGCGAAGCGCGGCGCCAAGGAGGCAGAGGAGUCCGAGGAAGACGAGGAGGGCGGGGAGGAGAUGGUGCCGCCGCACGUGGUGGCGGCGCGGCGGCACGCGCGGUCGUCGUCGGUGCUGGAGGGCGCCGGGCGGACGCUCAAGGGGCGCGACCUCUGCCGCGUCCGCAACGCCGUGCUCCGCCAGACCGGCUUCCUCGACCUCUGAAUCUCAUCUCAACAACAACAAGAAGAAAAUGCCUGCAUACCGGCCGGCCGGCCGGCGCGAUCCACAGCCACCGAUGAUGGUCAACAUCCAUUAAUCCCCGUCGAUCACUGGCGCGCGUCCUAAUCGAUGAGCUCCUGCCAUUCCAGCAGCUGCCAUGCAUCCUCCCCUGCAUCCAUCUGGUCUGGUCUGGUCUUCAGAGUGACCAAACAAAACCCUCUGUUCAUGUCUGAAACUCUGGAUACUGCCCGAAUUGAAUUCAAUACAUUCAAUUUCAUUUGUUCGA